GUCUGUGAGUCAACGUCGUUGAGAAGGUAAAUAAAAGACUUGUAUAGCAUAUGGAGCCACCUAGCUGCGGUGAAGUCGUCCACGCGCGACUGAACAGGUGGCUUACAGAUCAGAUGCCGACUGGCAACUUGUUCGUGGGCGAAAUCUCACCCUAGUAAAUCCUUGAGCAGUGAGGUGACAUGGCUUGACGGAUCUCUACGGCAACUUUCAGGAAAUACAACAAAACAGGUGGAUGAACCCACGCAAUGCCCCCCGGACCACCUUCAGCUCUCGUUAGCGUCAUUGGCUAACUGAAAGGGGACGUCGGUGACUGUUGAACCUCGCACUUUCACACGACAGCACAAUGGAUGACAACAAGCUCAAUGACUCCAACGUUAAGGUCGCAGUUCGUGUGCGGCCAAUGAGCAGAAGAGAAAAAGACCUCACGGCAAAAUGUGUGGUAGAAAUGGAAGGAAACCAGACAAUAUUGAAUCCUGCCAUUGGAACUUUGAGCAAAGGAGACCCCCGGAAUCAGGCGAAGGUGUUUGCUUAUGAUCACUGUUUCUGGUCCAUGGAUGAAUCCCAGAAAGACAAGUUCGCAGGUCAAGAAGUAGUGUUCCAGUGCCUUGGGGAGAGUUUACUAGACAACGCCUUCAUGGGUUACAAUGCCUGCAUCUUUGCUUACGGGCAAACGGGCUCCGGGAAGUCUUACACCAUGAUGGGCUCGGCAGAGCAGCCUGGUUUGAUCCCUCGCCUCUGCAGCUCCUUGUUCUCCAGGACCACGCGGGAAGCUGGGGAGGGAGAGAGCUUCACUGUGGAAGUCUCCUAUAUGGAGAUUUACAAUGAGAAAGUCCGAGACCUGCUGGACCCUAAAGGAAGCCGUCAAACGCUGAGAGUAAGGGAGCACAACGUUUUGGGACCUUACGUUGACGGCCUAUCACGUCUGGCUGUGGCUAGCUACAAGGACGUUGAAUCUCUGAUGUCGGAGGGAAAUAAAUCUCGUACGGUGGCCUCCACAAACAUGAAUGAAGAGAGCAGCCGAUCUCACGCCGUGUUUAACAUCAUCCUCACCCACACUCUCGUGGACCUGCAGUCGGGGACAAGUGGAGAGAAGGUAAGCAAGCUUAGUCUGGUGGACCUGGCGGGCAGCGAGCGCGCAGCCAAGACCGGGGCAGCUGGCGAAAGACUGAAAGAAGGCAGCAACAUCAACAAAUCUCUCAGCACAUUGGGUUUGGUGAUCUCAGCCUUGGCGGAUCAGGGGGCAGGGAAGAACAGGAGCAAAUUUGUUCCCUACAGGGACUCGGUGCUCACAUGGCUGCUCAAGGACAGUUUGGGAGGGAACAGCCGCACAGCCAUGGUGGCCACCAUCAGCCCAGCGGCGGACAAUUACGACGAGACUCUGUCCACCCUGCGUUACGCCGACCGGGCCAAAAGCAUCGUCAACCACGCUGUGGUCAACGAAGACCCCAACGCCAGAAUUAUCAGAGAACUGCGAGAGGAAGUCGAGAAACUGAGGGAGCAGCUCACGGAGGCUGAGUCUAUGAAGGCCCCGGAACUGAAGGAGCGACUGGAAGAGUCCGAGAAACUAAUCCAAGAGAUGACCGUGACUUGGGAGGAGAAACUCCGGAAAACCGAGUCUAUUGCGCAAGAGCGUCAGAGGCAGCUGGAGAGUUUGGGCAUUUCCCUGCAGUCGUCUGGCAUCAGGGUAGUGGAUGACAAGUGCUUCCUGGUGAACUUGAAUGCUGACCCCGCCCUCAACGAGCUGCUCGUCUACUACCUAAAGGAGCACACGCGCGUGGGCUCGUCCAAAUCACAGGACAUCCAGCUGUGCGGGAUGGCCAUCCAAGCCGAGCACUGCAUCAUUGACGUCACGCAAAACGACGGCGUGGUGCUCACCCCUCACCGCAAUGCUCGGACGUGGGUGAAUGGCACCGCGGUCGCCGGACCUGUGCACCUUCAUCAUGGAGAUCGAAUCUUGUGGGGAAACAACCAUUUCUUCAGGAUCAAUUUGCCCAAGCAUCUGGUCCAUACGGUGGGUGAGGAGGAGCCGGAGGAGAGCAGAGCUCAUUUGAAGCCCCGCUUCGAUACGCAGCAGCUGGAGAUGGACGCCGAUGCAUCCAGUGACGCUUCCAGUGAAGUGGGCUUCGAGUUUGCUCAGGCUGAAGUCAUGAUGAAAGGAAUGGCCAGCAAUGACCCCUUGCAGUCGGUGUUACAGACCCUCGAGAGGCAGCAUGAGGAGGAGAAACGCUGCGCCCUGGAGCGCCAGAGGCAAAUGUACGAGCAGGAGCUGCAGCAGCUCCGUCAGCGGCUCAACCCCGAGAGAGCUGCUCCGCAUCUCCUCGACGUGACGGGUUUGCCGAAUAGUGCCGCUGUCAUUGGAACGUCUCCGGUCUCCCACAAACGUAUGCGGCGCUGGAGUGAGGAUAGAGAGGCGAUGAUCACGCGAAGCCUUCGACGUCUGAAAGAACAGAUCGUUCGCGCCAACCUUUUGGCUCAGGAGGCCUCCUUCAUUGCGGAGGAACUCGGCAAAAGGACCGAGUACCUGGUCACUCUGCAGAUACCGGCUGCCAAUCUGGAUGCCAACAGGAAGCGUGACGUGGUGCUGAGCGAGCCGGCCAUUCAGGUUCGCCGUAAAGGGAGAGGCAAGCAGAUUUGGGCAAUGGAGAAGAUGGAGAACAGGCUGGUGGACAUGAGGGAUCUCUACCAAGAAUGGAAAGACUUUGAUGAAGACAACCCUGUGAUGCGCUCAUAUUUCAAACGGGCCGACCCCUUUUUUGAUGAGCAGGAGAACCACAGUCUGAUUGGGGUGGCCAAUGUUUUCCUGGCAUGUCUGUUCUAUGACAUAAAACUACAAUACGCAGUUCCCAUAAUCAACCAGAAGGGGGAGGUGGCGGGCCGGCUUCAUGUGGAGGUCUGGCGAGGGACGGAAAGCUCAGAGGAAUCGGGCUCACUCCAAAGUCAUUCCGAUGGAGACGCGCCGGAGCGUCAACUGAACUGCGUGGUGAAAAUCCUCCAGGCUACCGGACUUCCUCGUCACUUGUCGAACUUCGUCUUCUGCCAGUAUCACUUUUGUGGCCAGACGGAGUCUGUGUUCAUCCCUCCAGAAAUGGCGCGGGCCCCUUCGCCAUCUGCUUCCAAAGAUCCUCAGUGCACUGUUAUUUUUGACAGCUCCGAGGUGCUGUCAGUGCCCAUGUCGGAGGACUUUUUGGAAUAUUUAUCUGAGGGCGCGGUGGCUAUCGAAGUGUACGGCCACAAACAGCACAAUCAUCGGCGGAACCUGGCACUGUGGGACCUCGGAGUCAUUCAAGCCAAAACACGUUCACUCAGAGAAAGGUGGAGCGAGGUGACUCGACGGGUGGAGCUGUGGGUUCAGCUAAUGGAGCUAAAUGAUGCAGGGCAAUUCACACCUGUAGAAAUUCUUCCUGCGAAGGACGUACGCACUGGAGGGAUCUUUCAGCUCAGACAGGGUCAGUCUCGUCGAGUCCAGGUGGAGUUGCACCCCGUGCCAGACUCUGGCACAAUGCCGCUGAUCUGCAUGUCGAUCCUCUCCGUGUCCUUUGGAGAUGUCAAGGUCCAAAAUACACCAAAAGCUCGAGAUGAAGAUAUGGACAGCUACCAGGAAUUGGAUUUGGAGAGAAUGAGGGAACAGUGGCUGGCCACGCUCACUCAGCGCCAGGAGUACCUGGACCAGCAGUUACAGAAAAUAGUCUCCAAACCAGAUAAGUCGGAGGACGAUUUGGAGCGGGAGUCACAGCUGCUUGAAUGCCGCCUGACGCUCACCGAAGAACGCAACGCCGUUUUGGUGCCGUCAGCUGGCAGUGGCAUUCCUGGAGCACCGGUUGAAAAAGUUCCUGUGCCUGGAAUGGAAACGCACAUUCCUGUCCUGUUUCUGGAUCUCAGUGCUGAUGAUUUCCAGUCGACCCUCUCAGCGCCUCUCGCCGGGGGGAUCGAUGCGUAUCUCGCUGGGGAAGAUGAGGAUGACUUCUUUGACCUUCACAUUGUCAAACAUGACGAUUCUCAAGUCAAAGUGGAGGCGUCCUGGGACUCAACAGUACACGAGUGUCCUGAGCUCAGCCGCGUGGCAUCGGGUGAGCAGAGGGUCUACCUGACUAUCCGUGUCGUGGUCCAGUUGAGCCACCCCGCCCACAUGCAGCUGGUCCUGAGGAAACGCAUCUGUGUUAAUGUCACUGGGAAAAAGGGUUUUGCCCAGAGUCUUCUGAAGAGGAUGUCCCAGCGCAGCACCGUCCCACGAUGUGGCGUCACCUUUGAAAUCGUCUCAAACAUACCAGGAGAUUUUCACGGGCCAGAAGACCGAGAGAUGCUGGCCCGAUUGGCCGCCAGCGCGGACGAUGACCAGUCGGGCAACAGUGAGGCAGCUAUCGAGAAAUACCUGCGCAGUGUCCUGGCUGUGGAGAACAUCCUCACCCUUGACAGACUACGACAGGAGGUAACAGUGAGGGAGCAACUAGCGGUCCGAGGUAAAGCAGCUCCCAGACGCUGCCUCAGCUCCCCAAACGUACACCGGCUCUCAGCCGGCAAUCUGGAUGUGUUCUCUUCAACUCAUAAACUGGGUGACUUCAAGGGUUGGGAGAGUCACCAGAACCUCUCGGCUGCUUCUCCUGAGUCCAGGCGCACGAUGCCCAGCGCCGUAUCGCACAGUCUGAAUGCAGAAACGGGGAAAUCUGUGCCUGAUUUCAUGAAGUCAUUACUUUCUGGUGGGAACAAUGACAGUGGAGAGGAGAUGACUGUCCAUCAGCAGAACAUACCUCGUAUCCUGGUGCAGUCCGCCAGUAUGGAAGAGGGAAUGAAUGACACACGCCUGCAAGUUGCGACUGAGCAAAGCAGCCCCGCUCUCAUGUCCCAGGAGAGCCCCAGAUCGGUGCCUCUCCCUACGCCAAUCAGCCCAGAGACACAAGACUCCACCCAGAAUUUGCUGAGCGAAGCGUCCGGCGGUUACAUGUCGACGAUACCGCUUUCAGACGUCUUCACGCUGAGCUGGGACCUUCCUCCGUCGUCAGGUCAACGGGCUGCCAGUUUUGCGGCCGUGACAAACGAAGAAGACGAGGAAGUGAUGCAGAGACUCUCCUUUGGCUCCGGGUCUGAACCUCAGGAGGCUUUCCAAGCAGCUGCGGAGAACACCGACCUGUCGCAGUCCAAAGCAAAGGAUAGUUCAUUAGUUCAUUUAAAUCGGAGUCUCCGGGACCCAAAUGCAUCUCAUGCAGCGCAGGAAGUCAAAGCCUCUUCUGCAUGCGCAGUGUCCGAUCGCCCGACAACACCGGUGCAUUUAGAACGUGACCCGAUGACACCAAAGCAAGUCGACAGUGUGCCGACACCGUCAAAUUCAUUUAUUGUAGAAGAGCAACAACCAAAGACUUUUUCGACUGAAAGUGUUCAAACGAAUGUGAAAGAAGCAAGUAAAGCAAUUCAAAAAGUGUGUGAGAAGAACCAACCAUCCAACCCAGACCAGACUGAGACUGGUCCUGAAGCUCCUCCGUCUGUCUUCACCCACACGUUAUCCCAACCGCCUCCGGUUCCACCGAAGAAUUGCGAUCCACCAUCUUGUUCCCGGGAAAAAUCCCCUUUCAAGGACUCCAGCGGUUCUGCCAUCCUAGUUCCCUCCAGCGAGGACGUCCACCUGGCCGCAACAUCCGCCGCCUCGGCAAAAUCCUCCAAAUCGCCUGCUGCAGCAGUCAAACCUUUCAAGAUACAGAAAGUCCAGUCAUCAGAUCUCAAGUCCUUCCGGCGUAUACUCGGGGAGCCCGUUCAAACCGAGACCGGCAGCUCUUCACCAUUGCACAGCAAUCUCGCCGAGUCCCUGGAGCUCAUCUUAGACUGCGGGGAAGGAGGGGGAACUGCUGCCGUCUCUCUGCCCGACUGGCUGAAAGAAGGCGAAUUCGUCACUGUCGGGACCAAUAAAAGCGGCGUCGUGCGCUACGUGGGACCCACAGACUUUGCCCAAGGCGUGUGGGUGGGCGUGGAACUGGAGGUACCUGCAGGAAAGAAUGACGGCUCUGUGGGUGGGAAGCACUACUUCCACUGCAAUCCAGGUUACGGAGUCCUGGUCCGGCCGGACAGGGUGAGCCGCAGUGGCGCCAAACGCCGUCGACAGCAGCAGAAGCGUCGCAGUGCCAACCUGUCGGGAUCCACUCCGAACCUGGAGGCGCUCACGGCGCUGGCCAAAGGUGAUGCCGCCUUUGCAUCAUCAUCCUCAUCGUCGUCCUCGUCAUUACCUUCUCGCGAUGGUGCAGAGGACCUGAAAAAUUCUUGAGAGAGGAGGCUCAGCCGUGCAAAUGUUGGGUUGAGGCUGUACAUACUUGAUGCCGUAAACAUGAUUCAAUAUGUUUGCACAUCUAACCCAUUUCUCCCUGAGGUUUCCAUUCAAUGCUGCGUGUGUGUCGCUCACUUCCACACUUCCACGCCAAGAAGUGUAGGUUUUGUUUUACUUUUGCAUGAACAACGAUCAUAUCGUAUUUAGAAGAUGAGGAUGCUUUCACAAAAGCGUUUUACUGCUUGAGGAUUAUGUUUCGAUAAAAUGAUUCGAGUUUUGUGUGCCUUAUUGAUUGUUGAGAAUAUGUCAUGAAUUGUGCAAAGAGCUUUUUUUUUCCUUUCAUGAAUUAAAUGCAGCAAAACAUUUGGGGGUCUUAUUUUUUUUAACAAUGUUUUGUGACUUUACGUGAAUAAAUCAAGUCAUUUUUGGACACAAA